UUCUUAUAACUGGGUUGUAUAUUUUAGUAUGGCUUGUGGAUUGAUUAAACAGCAAACCAUAGACAGCAAGAAUAAAGCCCUUGAUUAGGGGGAUGAGUCCAAUGCGGCUGAAGCCGAAUGUCAGGUCUGCUUUGCGCUCGAGUCUAAACUGUGUGUCAGCCGCCGCGGACAAUACGCCUGGAUUGUGAACAUUAGCCAGCUCAAAACACCCGGAUCGCCGAGAGAGUUCGCACCUGGAAACCAAGGCGAGAGGACGGUCGCUGGCAUCUGCGGUCUGCGCCCUGACAGCGCUACAGUGACCGCCGAGAUGAGAGGGGAGAUUCCUUCCCCACUUUGGCCGUCUCUCCAGGGACCUGGUUCCUCGACUCCCUCUCUGCCUGUGUGAGGUUGUAUUUUGGCGGGGAGGGGGUGGCGGGAUUUCCUGAUAUCCAUGCUCGUGUUUCUAUGGACUGGACGUGAUGUGAUAUGAUGGGCGCAGUCGAUGCAAGGACAAGGUAGAUGCUGAGACCUUUCCCAUAUUAACACCGAGAUUAACGCGCUGUGGAUGAACGGCGCUGCUCUGCGAGAUCUUUCAUACCCUUGCCGAGCUGGUUCCUUCCUUUGAACUGUUGCCAAAAAUCCCUCUAAAGGAAACGAGGAAGGCAAAUGCACGUAUUAAUCUUUCUAUAUGUGUCUACAUAUCCAUAUAUUAAGAGAGGGGGCGCCCAUCGCCAUCGAUAGACGCUAUCGGGACCCCUGAAGAAGCGAGAAGGAAUGCACUGAACUCGGCUCGGCUCAGUCCCCGGACCACAAGGCAGCGGUACCUCGGGACGUUCUGCGAGAGCCCAUCUCGGGAGAGAUUGGGGUAGGGAGCGAGCGAGAGGCAGCUCCAAUGCCAGCCUUCUGAUCCCCAUUCGCCACCGGUCGAGCUGUGCGUUUGUUUUUUUUCUCUUACAGGAUGGAUCCUGUGCUCAGGACCUACCGAUCUGGACUAUUGGUCUGGGUGUUUUGGUGCUCCCUAGGCCGGCUUGGGAUGCUGCUUUUGCCGUGGGGCUGGUGUCCUCACUCGGCUCUGGCACUCAAGAACACCGGCACCAGGCUAGAAGCCAAAUUCAAGCUGCCCAUCAUGGGGCUGAUGCCCAUCAACAAGGCGCUGGCUGUGGAGAGCAUCUCAGAGGGCAUCUUACCUGCCGUUCAACUGGCCACAGAACACGUCCACAGCAAAUUCUUAUCAAACACCAGCAGACUGGUCUUGGAGUGGUACGACUCCGAGUGUGAUAAUGCUAAAGGGCUCAAAGCUUUCUUCGAUGGCAUCAAAUAUGGACCUAAUCACUUGAUGAUCUUUGGUGGAGUGUGCCCUUCUAUUACAUCCAUCAUUGCUGAAUCACUUAAAGAAUGGAAUCUGGUCCAGCUCUCCUUUGCUGCAACUACACCAGUCCUAGCCGAUAAGAAGAAGUACCCCUAUUUCUUCCGAACAGUUCCAUCAGACAAUGCAGUCAAUCCUGCAGUCGUCAAGUUCCUCAAACAUUUUCAUUGGCGUAGGGUAGGAACUUUGACCCAGGAUGUACAACGGUUCUCUGAGGUGAGGAAUGAUUUAACCAGUGAACUGGAGAAAGCAGACAUUCAAAUUGCAGACACAGAGAGCUUCUCUAAUGAUCCUUGUUUGAGCGUCAAAAAGCUCAGGGACAAUGAUGUCCGAAUUAUUCUCGGCCAGUUUGAUGAAAGGAUGGCAGCAAAAGUAUUUUGCUGUGCCUAUAAUGAAAAUAUGUUUGGAAUUAAAUACCAAUGGAUAAUUCCAGGCUGGUACCAGCUAAACUGGUGGAAGUUAGCUGCAUCCAUUAACUGCACUGUGAAAAAUCUGCUCGCUGCCAUGGAAGGAUAUGUAUCUGUGGAUUUUGAGCCGCUAAGUACAAAAGCCAUCAAGACGAUAUCUGGGCAGACACCUCAACAAUAUGAACAAGAUUACAACAAAAUGAGAGGCAGUGCUGAAUAUAGCAAAUUUCAUGGAUUUGCAUAUGAUGGAAUCUGGGUAAUUGCCACAACAUUACAACGAGCAAUGGAGAGUUUGAAACGCCUGGGUUAUCCAGAACCCGUCCUCAAUCUUCCUAACAUGAACAAAAAUAUUGGCAAGGUUUUUCUGGAUUCCAUGAAUGAAACCAACUUUUUUGGAGUGACUGGCCAAGUUGUGUUUAGAAAUGGAGAGCGAAUGGGAACCAUCAAAUUCUCGCAGUUUCAAGAUAAAGUGGAAAUUAAAGUUGGAGAAUAUAAUGCUGUAGCAGACUCCCUGGAGCUCAUUAAUGACACUCUGAGGUUUCCAGGUGUUGAACCUCCAAAGGAUAGGACCAUCAUACAGCCACAACUGCGCAAGAUUUCCCUGACACUCUACUGCAUUCUUUCUGCUUUAACCAUUCUAGGAAUGUUCAUGUCCAGUGCUUUCCUCUUCUUCAACAUCAAAAAUCGAAAUCAGAAGUUGAUAAAGAUGUCCAGCCCCUACAUGAACAACCUUAUUAUCCUAGGGGGAAUGCUCUCUUAUGCAUCCAUCUUCCUUUUUGGCCUUGAUGGAUCGUUCGUUAAGCCCAACACAUUUGAGACUCUAUGUACAGUUAGAACUUGGAUUCUUACAGUUGGCUACACAACCGCAUUUGGAGCCAUGUUUGCAAAAACAUGGAGAGUUCACGCCAUAUUCAAGAACGUAAAGAUGAAGAAAAAAAUCAUCAAGGACCAGAAGCUGUUUGUCAUUGUCGGUGGGAUGCUGCUCAUCGAUCUCUGCAUCCUUAUUUGCUGGCAGGUUGUGGAUCCCCUGAAGCGGACUGUAGAAGACUAUCCUUUAGAGCCGGAUCCUGCUGGGAGAGAUUUUGCAAUCCGCCCGUUACUGGAGCACUGUGAAAAUACCAACAUGAGUAUCUGGCUGGGCAUUGUAUAUGCAUAUAAAGGGCUUCUUAUGUUAUUUGGAUGUUUUCUUGCUUGGGAAACUCGGAAUGUGAGUAUCCCUGCCCUGAAUGACAGCAAGUACAUUGGUACAAGUGUGUAUAAUGUGGGAAUCAUGUGCAUUAUAGGAGCUGCUGUAUCCUUCCUAACUCGAGACCAGCCAAAUGUCCAGUUCUGUAUUGUGGCUCUGGUCAUCAUUUUCUGCAGCACCAUCACUCUCUGCCUGGUGUUUGUGCCAAAGCUGAUUACAUUAAAAACAAACCCAGAUGCUGCCACUCAAAACAGGCGAUUACAAUUCACCCAGAAUCAGAAGAAAGAAGACUCAAAAACAUCCACUUCUGUAACAAGUGUAAACCAAGCAAAUACAUCUCGACUUGAGGGAUUUCAGACUGACAACCAUCGCCUGCGAAUGAAAAUCACAGAGCUUGACAAGGAGCUCGAGGAGGUUACCAUGCAGCUACAGGACACACCUGAAAAGGCGCAGUACGUUAAGCAAAACCACAUUCAAGAGCUCAAUAACAUCCUGAGCAUGCGGAACUUCACAGAUGGAAAAGAUAGUGACAAGCCUCCAAUGAAAAACCACCUCGAUUCGCGAUCACAGGUUCCUUGGGGCACCACACUGGAGCCUUCCAGAACAAACAAGGAUGUGAUAGAAGAUAUCAACUCUCCAGAACAUAUACAGCGUAGACUGUCUUUGCAGCUACCCAUCCUUCAUCAUGCCUACCUGCCAUCAAUAGGUGGAGUUGAUGCUAGUUGUGCCAGUCCGUGUGUGAGUCCCAGUGCCAGCCCUCGGCACAGACACGUGCAGCCAUCAUUUCGAGUCAUGGUUUCCGGCCUGUAGAGAGGCUUUGUAGCCUGAACUGAUGAGUACUCAGCAUUUGGAUUGCGUACUCCACCUAGUUCUCUGCUACGUACACAACGCACGCUCUCCUUACCACAGAGGAAUAGGCAUUUGAAACAGACACUACUGGGUUCCUGAGCAAGUUUGUGUGGUCAUGGGGAGAUGUCCAGAAUCUGACCUGUAGCCUUAUCUGUGAAGUUUUUGUUUCUGCAUAAACUGGAUGUGCGUUUCCUUCCCAGAAAGAGUGACAGGUUUUCUUAAGGAUGCAGGGAGUGAAGUUUUAUCAAAACUGAACAGUUGUUUUUUUAAUGCCACAAUCGUGAAGGGAGAAUAAUAAGCUGCUAUGCAAAAUUUGAUAUAUACUAAUGGUUCACACUUCAAACAAAAUCCAACUAUUAAAUCAAAAUUUUAAUCGUAGCAUUAAAUAAUUGCCACUACUUCUGCACACGAAUGCACAAAAGAAGCACCCUGUACUAGACCCCUAAAUAAAUUUUGAUAUGGAGAAUGAAGCUUUAUAAUCAAUAUGUCUGAUGUAGAAAUGUGUUUCUGGCGUAGAAACAUACAACUGAUUUUGGAAGACACAUUCAGAGGGCUUUUGAACAUGGUAAGUGAACAGUGUAGAAAUUAUCUUUUUACUAAUUUGAUAAAGUGAGAUUUGUGAACUCAAAUGUUAUGUCCCAAAUAUCUAAAUCUGACGAAAAGCCUGUUAUCUCUUGCUCGCUAAUUACUGAUUUCUGGUUUUUGGUGCUCAAUUUUUAGUACUACUGACUGAAGCUGGUGCAUGGUCACAAAAUUAGAAUGGUACCAAUAGACACGAAUGCAGUCAAUUUCUGAUUGAACAAAAGAAAAUAGUCAGCAAGUGAUUAGCUUUCUUACUCUUUGAAAGCAAGAGAUAACAGGUUUGAUGUGUAUAUACUUAUUAUAUCCUUGGACAAAGUGUUGCAUAUGACUGGUUGAAGGGCUUUCACAUGUGAAUAAAUUGCCUUCAUCAUUUCCCCUUAACUGAUAUCAGCAGCAAAUCUACUUCAGUAAGUGACAGAAGAGAGAUUAUUGUGCUUUUGUAACAAAGUGAAUAUUUCAACAGCACAAAAGGAUGUGAAACAAAAUCUACCUUGCAACUGAACUUGAGGCCAAGGGUAUAAUAAGACAAAAAUGCUGAGUGCAAAGUGAGCUGGAGUGUAACUCUGGACCUUUCUUUAUGGUCAGCUGGUUGGCUGACAUAUGUGAAAACCUAUCAGCAUGCUUAAAACUCUCCAAUUAAAAUCACACAAGUCCACAUAAGUAGCUAUGUGUCUGAUCUUCAGAGCACAUUCUCUUUACAUUGUGGAGAAAUUGCAUCUACCUACGCCUACAGAGUUUAAGAGCAGUAAAGCAAUAGCCAUGGCUUAGGGACCUCCAAACGUGUGUGGGGAUAGUGCUGGCCUUCUACUGGAUAAGGCUGUGCCACUUACCAUCAAAGAGUGUUGGCGAGCUUCCUGUUGCUUGUCAACUUUGAACCAUCUACAUAGUUGUUGUAUUACUUGCAGGAUUAUCCAGCAGCAAGUGUGAAAAAUCCCGAUGUCUACCCCUCUGAGUUCCAUUAGAGAGCCAAGAGCACUGAUGAAUCACUUACAGCAUUUUAUGGUACUGUGGGUUACUGGCUCAGGUGUGCUCUGAAUCUGUCUCAAAGGAUUGACUCUUAGCUAUACACUAACUUGGAGCCAAAAUGGAUCCCAUUAAGAUGCUUCCCAUGCCCUCUUCAAGGAGGAUAGUUCCUAGUUGGGCAUUAUGAUAGCUGAUGAGUGAGGGUUUGAGCCACUGCUUACAGGCUACUUCCAAUAGGGUUCAUAUUAACUGGCAGAGUGAAGGGUCUAAAUAGAUCUGUGUUUCUUACAGCUACCAUUGCAGUUAAUAGUUGUAUGUCAUAACUUAGAUUCUGAUCGUGUCCAAAGGCCCCACUGAAGCUUAGGUAUGCACUAUCCCAAGUCAGAUUUGUAUUCUGUCAAAGUUGCACAAUCCCAUGUUCAUCAAUGUCAAAGGAGCAUGCUUAGUGCACUGAUAAACAAGUCCUAAUAAGCUUUUAGUUAACAUUGUGAAGAAAUGCUGUUUUCUGGUAUUCUGAAUGGUAACACUGGCUGUUAAUGUAUUUCCCUGCCUCCUUAAUUCAACUAAUAACCAGGUUUAUUUUUGAAGACAGUUCAUCAUAUGGAAGGAGGACUGAAUACUGUAUAUAAUGUAUACACAAGUUCUCUGUAGAAAUAUUAUUCUUAAUAUAGCAGGAAACAAACUAAAGUAUUGGGCUGUUGGAGGUGAGCGUGUAUAUCUGUGACUGUCUGUGAAUACUGACUGUGUGCAGUUUAUUAGGUUUAAACCAUGCAGUACGUUUCUGUCUUAACAAUAAAGUAGUUCUUUCCCAUAAGGAAAAAUUUUUAUUUCCUGCUAAUAUCAAAGACCCACAAAGUAAUAUAGUUAUUUAAUGUUUCUGUUCUUUUUAUACAGCAGCAAAAAAGGGUAAAUUUAUGGAAAGGCUGUGCCUCUAAUGGCAUUCUCCAAAUCAUAUUAAUGCACAAAUGCUUUAAGUAAGACUGGAACUGCCAGGCCAACCUGUAAAUGGACAGAAGGUUUCUUGUACCCUUAUACUGCAUGAAUCAAUUUUUAAUAAAAUGUUGCAAAUCUGUUUUUAUGA